AGGUCAAACUUCCACCGCUAGAUGGCGGUAGUUAAACAGUGACCAUAUGAAGGGCAGGAAAACCUCAGUGAGUAAGUCUCUUCUCUCUCAGUCCUCUACAGUGCUAAAGUGACCUCUGCCGCUAGUCGUUAGCCUGCGCGAAAACCAUGGCUCCUCCAGUUGCUGUGUCGCCUUUGAUCAAGGUUUGUGUUGCAGAACAUAAUAUUUAAAAUGUUGCUUUUGUGUCAUUGAAAAAUGACCCUUAUAAUAAUGUCAGUCUGCAGGCUACAGAGAGUGACGUGCUAACAUGCUAACUGUCAGCAAGGAGGCGUGCUAACAAACAAGUAAACGUCAUUUUGAAUCAUAUUCAAGUUUUGUGUGCAAACCAGCGGCUAUAUUGAAUAAAAUCACGCUGCAAUAACUUGUCAUAAUGCGCCUGUUGAACUUCAUUACGUGGUUUAAUGUACUUAAGAAGGAUCACCUUUGGGGAAGCUAACAGCUAAUGUAGCCUCAUAGAGGGACAAACCAUAAAACUAGUAUGGACCAGGUGUACAAACACAGAUUUCAAUCAAAUUAAAGACACCCUGUCAGUUCUGCUUAAACCCGAAUUAUAGUGAGAUUAUAGACUACUAUUAAAUACUGUUAAACGUGUGUCUAAAAGGUGUGUAGUUUGUGCCAUCGACGGUUUUCCAAAAAUUGUUGAAACUCUUAAUGAAGUUCAGUGGUCUGCAGUUUUCUGAAGUAACGCCGUCAGAUGUCCAGACCUAUCAGACCUAUCAGACUUUCUGGUUUAGAAAGAGGGUGACAAAAAUAACAUGUCCUUGCAUUUUUUACACAGAUACUUACUAGUGUGAUAGUAAGGCUUCCAUUAAUCUUGAUAUUUUUCCUUUACAGACGGCGAGGUACUCAGCUUUAAUUGCUGGCAUCAUCUAUGGCAAAAGAAGAUAUGGUGAGUUUUAACUGGUCAUCAUUUCUGGGAUAUACUACAAAGAUAAAACCAAUUCCAUUUCCUCAUACGCUUUAACAGUAAAUUGAAUUCUGCUGCAGAGAAAAUGUGAAACUUGUUAUCAAGUAUAUUGACAUGAGUGGUGACGCUUCUUUAGGACUUGAAAAAUCUAAUGAGAUCAUGAACUAAAAGGUUCUGUGCUGUAAUUUUGAAUGCCUGUACCUGGGGGUAGGUAUCAAAUGAGGGUCUUUAUGGUAUCUCCUCUGCUAAUAUUGGCAGUGAGGGAUGUAUUUGACUUUUUAAAUAAGACAGAAUGAGAUUUUUCUGGAUAAAAACACCGCUAAAACAUGUGCAGGACAAAACCAGCACAGACGUCAGAGAUGAGGUUUUACCCGCAGAGGGUGCCAAAGUUGACACAAAGUUCCUCACAGGAGAUUUAAACAUCCUAUUUUAGAAAGAUAUGUUAAAGUGUGUAUAUGUGUAAUUACAAAUAUUGCAUUUUUGCAUCUUUAAAGACGAUGUGCUGUGUAAACACAUCUUUUUAAUAUUCAUCUGUUGUGUAUUUAGAUCACCUGAAGCCUAUCGCCGCAGAGGAGAGGAAGAUCGAAGAGGAGGAGAAAAAGGCUCGGGAGGAGAGGGAGCGCAUUGCCAAGCAGUUAGCAGAAGGUAACCUCGCUCUGUAAUUGGAUUUGGUCUUCAGUUUGCAAACACUCACCUGCAUGCACCCCAGCUUACAGCAAACAGACUCAUUAAAAGCUAAACUGUUAUUUGUUUUUUAUAUUUAUGUUGUUUGGUCUCUUUACAGCAAAUGAAGACACCAUCCUCAAGUAAAGCUGGAGUGUUGUGAGGAUUUCCAUGUGCAGUUCCCGACCUCUCCUUCCUUUUCCUGGAGCAACACAGCAAAGUCACGACCAGUCUAACACCCCUGUGCGGCAUUGUGUUUGUUACCUCUGUUAAUACAACACCUCUCUGGACCACUCAGUGACUUUGAGUUAUUUACACAGUAUGAAAUAAGGCUCCUGAGUUCAGCAUUGUAAUCCUGCAGAAUCAGCCACUCUCAUAAAUUAUUAAGUUCAUAUUUGUAAUAAAGAAUCUCUAAAUACAGAAAUACAUGAUUUACAUGAACAUUGUAGUUGGUCUUUAAUUCCUGACACCUGAUCUCUGUUUUUCUUUUGAUGCUGGUUAUGAAAUGACAGAUGUAUUAAAAGAACAAAACUUA